CAAGCGAGCCAGAUCAGACAGAAUAAAACGUUUAACCAUCGCGUGGACUUCAGUGUCGGAGCAACUGGUCCACAGCACUUGUACUAUUUUAUAAAUUUAAUAAGUAAUGUAAUCUCUAUGCUAUCCUCUUGGUUGCUACCUGUCAGAUGCAAAAUAUAUUAUCGUUUUAUUACACUGAGUGGUAAUUUUCGUAAGACAGAAAUCAAGAAGACGGCCCGCAUAAUAAAAUAAAAAGCAGGCGCGCCCAAAUUAAAAAAAAUCUGUAAUCGAUGGGUUGAGAACGUUUUUAGUUAAUUAUUGUCCCUUAAUAGGAUCAAUUAAUAAUCACAAAUUUAUACGGAUGAAAAAAAAUAUCGGGAUAGGUGGAAGAAGAGAAGGAAGAAGAUUAUCAACGACGUAGCUUACAGAUGAGCAGAGAAAAUGUUGAAAGUUGUCGGCGCCUCGUGGCUUCAAACCCGCAUCUCCACUUACAUUAUCGCUACCGUUGCGACAAUCGGCGUUGGUGCCAUAAUUCUAAGUGAAUUUGGCAAAAGAGUCGAGAAUGAUGGAAUAUAUUCAGCAAGAGUUGUCUACAAUCGUAAAAGUGGAUACCGUGUGGAUUUCUGGGGUCAAAAUAACGAUCUGACAUCACUGCCCAUGGGAACAGCGCGGGCAUAUUUCAAACACCGGACCCACAAAACCGGCUGGUCGAUCCUAGAAAUCGAAACCUCUCCGAAUUAUCCAGAUGAGAUCCAGGCUUUCGCUGCGGGGUUACUCGAAGGCAGUCUGACCUGGCUGCUAAUUCACCUCCACUGGUUCAAUACCAUAGCCACGGUCUGCGUUGGAGACCGCAGAGAAACUUGCGACGUGAUCCGGCAGCAACUUCGGGAAAAUUCUCAAGUCGCGAGGACUCACGCAAAGCUUCUGGGAGCUGACGACCCAUUCUGGCACAUGGUACGACUUUUUUACGCUCAGCUGGACGGGUUGAAGGAGGGCUGGAACUACGAACUCACUAGGAAUCAACAGGAAGUUGAAAUACCUGACGAAGAUUUUAUUUGGCUGGCUAUGGUUUCAGAUUUAUCGAACUUCGGGCUUCAUGAUUCGCAGCGCGCUGGCAUAGGGGGAAUUUUUUUCAAAAAUUUAACUCAAGAGUCCGAUGUCGAACCGCUUCUAGCGCUGGUUCACAACACCGCCGCACCGUACAGAAAAAUGUUACGGCUGUUGAAAAAAUAUACUUUCGGUUAUCAUAUUAACGGCGAAAAAAAUUCAAAACGCGUACCAACACGUUCUAUAGUUACGUCAUCUUAUCCGGGUGCUUUGUCGUCCCAAGAUGAAUACUACGGACUUUUGAAAGAAGACACAAAAGAUUUAAUGAUUCUUGCCGGUACUCCGCUGACGAUAAAAACAGAAUCUCAUGAUAAUUUGGAAGACAGUAAAUCUGAAAAUAACAUUCAGUCAAGUAAACCAAACGUCGUUAUGACGGCGGCUAAAAUAAUGGCAGCAAACUGGUUAGCGACGGACGUACAAUCUUGGUCGCGAAUGAUCGCCCGCAGAGAUGGAUCAGAAAACACACGUCAGUUAUUGCAAUGGGUUAUUUUACGUCCUGGUGAUUCAUCAGUUUGGGUUGUAGAGCAGCAUCCACUUAUGACUCACGCUAUUGAUUUCACUAAAAUAAUUAAAGAAAAGGGUUAUUUAUUUAGCGACGGUAAUUCGCUGUUAAUUAAUAAAGAAAUUCACAUGAUGAACAUGGAAUCUACAGUGAAAACAAUCAAAAAUGAUCUGGAAAAAGAAAUAAAAUUAAUUGAUAUUGAAAGUAAUUAUUCAAAUUCAGACAACAGUAAAAAUUAUUCGCGGGUCAGUCACGAGGAAUAUUUGAAAUUAUUAUUGCAAUCAUCUAAUUCGAGUUUACAUUUUAAAUUUAUCGAAAAAGACUUACCGACUUCGAUAGAUACCAUGACAUUUCGCGGAGAUCUUGAAACGAUACCAACUGCUAUUGGUGUUAUUGACUCGAAAAUAACGCUGGUUAAUAGCAAUGGGUUUGUUGAUUUCCAAGCAACAUCUGGGCCAGCUUGGUCCCAUGAUGACAAAACUCCUUUCCAAUGGUCUGAGUCAUUUCCUGGUAUCUCUCAUCUCGGUCAGCCUGAUAAAUUUAAAUUUUCAAGUAUUAAUCCACAUUGGGUUUGGUUUUAAUUUAAGUCUGUCAUUCAUUUUUAGGAUUUUAAAUUUUAUGGUAAAAGACCACUACCGGAUCAAAGAACUAGUACUCGAUCACUCCAUAGAUAUAUUUGAGUGAUCGGGUACUAAUUCUCUGAUCAGGUACUGGAUCUGUCACUUUAUCUACUAAAUUUUACUAAAUAUAAAUAUACAAGUACUUGAAGUAAUCGGGUACUAGUUCCCUGAUCAGGUACUAGCUCUACCUUAGAUAAAAAAAAAUACUUGUAAGUCAAAAGAUCUAGUACCCAAUCAGAGAACUAGCACCCGAUCACUCCAUAUACUUGUAUAUUUAUAUUUAGUACAAUUUAGUGGAUAAAGUGGAAGACUCAGUACCUGAUCAGGGAACUGGUACCUGAUCAGGGAACUUGGUCUCUUCCUUUAAUAAAAAAAAUUUAUUUUUAAAAUUGUAAAUAAGAAAUUAAAUGACAGACUUUGAUAUCAAAUUUAAAAAAAUAAAAAAAAUAUAUAUACUUACAAAAUCUGAAUUAUAACAAUGGAAUGUUAUAGAUAAUUAAUAUUUUUAUCUUUUCUUGUAAUCAUAAAUCGUAAAUAAUAACUCAUAAGUAAGCUACGUGUAGACAAUCUUUUAAAGGAAUAAAGAUAAAACAUCCGCAAUUA